AUGGUGAAAGCCAUUGACGCCGUGCGCUCUGUCGCCAACUCCUUGUCCUCUGUGCCUCUCUCGUUCUCUCGCACAGUCUUCAAACAAGAUGUCUCCCGUCUCUGCGCAGCUCUCAGGGCUGACUACAACGACCACGUCAUGGACAAGGUCCUCGAAGCCUACGAUGAGAACUUCCAUCGCAGCGCCGUGCUGUGGAAAGCCACCAAUCGCCCCAAGGAUGGCAUCGCUUUUCGCUUCUAUGAACGUCAGAAGGUGGAUGUGAUUGGGCCAGCCAUCAAGCACGGUCUACUGAAAGGCCAUCACGAGAUGAUUCCACUCAUAUCUUCCUGGGCCAACCUCUACCCAAAUGCAAUUGCUUCCUGCGACUUUGAUCCGUCCAAGGGGCUCAACAAAACCUGGGUCUGGCUAGCUGGGCGCCACCCUGUUGGCGAACUCCUCAAAGCACCCCAUGUUCCUAAAGCACUCUGUGCCCUCGAGAACAAGUUCAAGUCCAUUGGCUUGGAUACGGUACGCCAUGCGGCUGUCGAUUGGCGCUCGUCAACUGUCAACGUUUAUUUUUGGGUCCGAGGACCACUGGACGUGGAAAGAGCCAAUAGCCUGAUCGCUUUGUCGAGAGCAGGCCCCAUUUAUGAGCAAAAACUGGCCGAGAUCCAACCGUUUUUGCGGCGCGAAGGCUUUACUUUUGCAACCACCAUCGACGCACAUACCGGAGAUUUUAAACGCGUUGCUAUCUAUGCUCUCCAGCUAGACAAUGACAAGCUGCCUCGGGUGGGAGAUCGUCUUGCCACCUUCUUCCAAGACGCAAAGAGCUACGACAAACGUGACCUGAACAUCAUUGCCUGGAGUUUUGGGGGAGGAUCGACUGGUGUCUCAGAUUACAUCAAGGGUGAACGGAGCUACAGCGGAAAUCUUGAGGAAGUUCUGGGGGGCUGGGGUUCGCCCAUGCAAGCGAACAAGCUUUAA